CUUGGAACCUUGAGGAAAAAAAAAACAGAGAGAGAGAGAGAGUUAUAACUCCCUCGGAAAGAAGUUACUCCCCAAUUCCAAAUCUCUUGAAUAAAAAAAAAAAAGAUUAUGGGUAAUAUUAUUCCCUCUCAAUCCAGUAUGAUAAUCUUCAUCUUGGCCUUCAUAUCUCUUCCAAUAUUAUUACAUUCCAUACCCUUCAUAGUACUCCAUGGCAUUAGUGAUCAGUGCACCAGCAAAGGAGUUAAUCAAUUCACCGAGCAACUUCUCCAAUUUUCUGGUGCUGAAGGAUUUUGCAUAGAAGUUGGGAAUGGAGCAUGGGAUUCUUGGUUUCUGCCACUUGAGCAACAGACUGAAAUUGUUUGCAACAAGGUUAAGGAAAUGAAAGAACUGAGCAAGGGCUAUAACAUAGUUGGUCUCUCCCAAGGUAAUCUGAUAGGUCGAGGCAUUUUGGAGUUUUGUGAUGGUGGACCACCUGUAAAGAACUUUGUCUCUUUGGCUGGACCACAUGCUGGUACGGCUUCUGUUCCUCUUUGCGGUUCUAGUGUGUUUUGCAUAAUCGCAGACACACUAAUCAAGUCAGAGAUCUACAGCGACUUUAUUCAAGAUCAUUUGGCUCCCAGUGGUUACCUUAAAUUACCAAAUGCUAUUCCCGACUAUUUAGAGCAUUGCAAGUUUCUUCCAAAGCUUAACAACGAAAUCCCUGAAAAAAGAAACUCCACGUACAAGGAACGGUUCAGUAGCUUACAGAACUUGGUGCUCAUCAUGUUUGAGCAUGACACCGUGUUGAUACCGAAGGAAACUUCCUGGUUUGGAUAUUACCCGGAUGGAGCCUACAACCCAAUCUUACCUCCACAACAGACAAAGCUUUACAUUGAGGACUGGAUUGGAUUGAAAGCCUUGGAUGAAGCUGGAAGGGUCAAGUACAUUGCAGUUCCGGGGAAUCACCUCGGAAUCUCCAAGAGCGACAUGAAGAAACAUGUUGUGCCAUACUUGGUAGAUUCUACGGAGAAUGGCAAGAUUAACGGUGGAGAUGUUGGCGUGUAUGGAGCUCAUCAAAGAGAUUCAGAACAUGGAAAGAGACAGAAAGUAGUGCCAGAAGUUGAGGAGAAACUGUCAUCCAGUGUGGUACUUGAAGGAUCAUCUUCUUAUGACUGCCCCCAACAAUCAAGAGUUUCAUCGGUGAACUACUUGGGUUUGCGGGGCAUUUGAGUCAUGACCUAUAAAGAGUUAUUUUUUACAGUAAGAUACAUUUAUAAUCUAUUCCUAGUGAGUUUAAGUUAUCAUGCUUGCAGUCUCCAACAAUUAUUCUAAUAAUUACAUAUCCAAUUUGACCUAUGGACGAAUACGCAAGCAUACGUUUCAUGCUUGUUUGAGUAAUAGCAAUGAGAUUCCCUAAUGUCAUGCUAAGAAUAGC